AUGGCGUGGAGUCAUCUUGAUAUCACCAAGCCGCACUUGGUGUACAUUAUCCUCGGCGGCUUCACUUCCCUUUUCAUGCUCUGCUCGUCCUUUAUCAAGGAGCGCAUGUACAUUGGUGAAGCCACAGUUGCUACCCUCUGUGGCGUUAUAUUCGGUCCUCAUGCAGCCAAUUUGAUCAAUCCCCAAGAAUGGGGUUCGACCGAUAUCGUUACCGUCGAGUUCUCCCGAAUUGUUCUUGUUGUUCAAUGUUUCGCUGUCGGUGUCGAGUUGCCCAAGUUCUAUAUGGAGCGCCAUUGGAAGUCUGUUGUCUUUCUUUUGGUCCCAGUAAUGACAUUCGGCUGGCUCAUUGUCAGUUUGUUCAUCUUCUGGAUGAUCCCUGCAUUGGAUUGGCUUGAUAGUCUUGUUGUGGCUGCAUGUGUUACUGCUACUGACCCUGUCCUGGCAUCAUCUGUGGUAGGAAAGGGCAAGUUUGCAAAGCGAGUCCCUAAGCAUCUUCGAGAUUUGCUGUCCGCCGAGUCUGGGUGCAACGACGGAAUGGCGUUCCCCUUCAUCUAUCUGUCUCUGUACCUUAUUCAGUACAAGCGAGAUGCACAGGACGUGAGCUUCCAUUUCGUUGUGUAUGUUCUUCUCUACGAGUGCAUCUUCGGUGCCAUCUAUGGUUUUGCCAUUGGUUACAUCGCUCGCCAUGGUAUUAAAUUCGCCGAAAAGCGUGACCUCAUCGAUCGAGAGAGUUUCCUGGUCUUCUACUUCGUUGUUGCGCUCUGGUGUGCCGGCUCUGGUAGUAUCCUGGGCAUGGACGAUUUGCUCGUCGGUUUCGCAGCAGGAGUUGGUUUCUCCAACGACGGUUGGUUCGGUGAGAAGACUGAAGAGUCGCAUGUUUCCAACGUUAUCGAUCUUUUGCUUAACUUGACUUAUUUCGUCUACUUUGGAACCAUCAUUCCGUGGUCGCAAUUCAACGACGGUCGAUUUGGCAUGAUGGCUUGGCGUCUUGUGGUCAUCGCCGUUUUUGUCCUUUUCUUCCGUCGGAUUCCUAUCAUGCUGGCCCUCAAACCGUUUAUACCGGACGUCAAAACCUGGCGUGAAGCAUUGUUCGCUGGUCAUUUCGGCCCAAUCGGUGUGGGCGCAAUCUUCGUUGCGAUCUUGGCGCGAGCUGAGUUGGAGCAUGGCGAGCCGGUACCUUUGGCCGAGAUGCCACCCGAGAAUACUGAACAUUAUGAGCUCAUAUAUCUUGUGUGGCCGAUAGUAUGCUUCAUGGUUGUCACGUCGAUUCUUGUCCAUGGCUCCUCAAUUGCCGUCUUUACCCUUGGAAAGCGUAUCAACACCUUGAGUUUGACCAUGUCUUACACAGCUGCUCCCGAAGAUGGACCAUCUUGGAUGAACCGACUACCCCGAAUCUCUUCUCAAUCCAGAUCUCAAGCUAGAUCCAUAUCUGAGGCGUCCAUCGACGAAGAGAAGGGACCCCAGCUCCCUCCCGAUGCUCUGGUUCCUCCCAACGGCCCUUAUAGUCAUCUUUUACGCAGACAGCGAGACCAAGGUGGCAGCCGCUCGUCAUCGGUUGUGUCGCGAAAGCGCAAGCAUAAGAACUGGGAUGACAAUCUUGGCCCUGGAGGACCAAUUGCCCAGUCUGCAAUCUUCCCCCAGCGACAAUCAUCCACGCCUAUAUCCCCUACUGAACAGUACGAGCAAGAGGAGUCACCCUCACAAGGCAAUACCGAAUCAACUUUGGCGGCCGAUGAUAGCUCCAAGGAAAAGGAUACCGACAAGAUUGAGAAGGCAGAAGAUAGCCCUGCCGGCAGCAGCGGCCAGAAGACACCCCCCAAGCCUGUGGAUGUAUACGAGGAGGGCCAUGAUUUGAUAUUUGAGGACAAGGAUGGAGAAGUUCUUGAUGUCGAACCCGCUCCCGAAUCUCACAGACAAGACGAAGACCAUGUGCCCAUUACAGCCGUUAAGCCUGGCCACGACAAGUUAUGGACUAUCUCUGGUUUCAAGAAGAGGGUGGGUGAAGUCUACAACACUGAAAUGGAGAAGCGUAAGGAAAAGGGCCAAGAUCGACGACACGAACCUGCCAGAGCCUACCAGUUUGGAAACACGAUUAUUGUCGAAGACGAGGACGGUGAAGUCGUUAAAACCUAUGAACUGCCUACGACCAAGGGUGAGAACUCAGAAGCUGGUCCUAGCACCACACCCGGCGAGAAGACAGCCGCCAAACCUGGUUGGACCAAUUUUGGAGGCGUAUUCGGAGGCAACAGCUCAAAUGAACAGACUCGGAAGAAGUCUAUUGCGGAGAACCAAGCAGCCGAUGACAAGGCCAUUCGAUUCACGAUUGGCGGUGUUGGUCAACGCAUGACUAAGGAGGACUUUAUCCGUGAAGUACAGAAGCUGGAUUCACGAACAAGGAGGGAGGUUGUAGAGCAAUCGUCUGCCUCGCAAGCUGUCAAGAAGGUUGCCAAACAGGAUCUGCCACCUGAGACUGCAAUCAAGGUUGCCAAGGCUGCUGAGCAUCACUCUGGCGGGAAGGCGAAGGCAACAGACGCUCCAGCUGCAUCUCCCUCCCGGCAUGCAGGCCCUUCAAGCCCACCCAAGCCGUCCGAGGAGCAAGGCGAGACAGCUGUCGAACGCAAGCGUCGUCUCGCAGUUCUAUCCAGCCAGGAGGACGAUGAGCGCGAGGAAGAGACUGGCGAGACGCCCGCUGAAAGGAGGAGACGAGAAGCUGCUCUGGGUGUAGGCAACGGAGGUGAUGAUAGUGAUGACGAGGGCACCGAGAGAGUGCCGCCUGGUCGACGAGGUAUCACAUUUGCUGAUUCGACACGGCCCAGCAGGGGAAGAGCUCCGAGGUAG